GACCUUUGACCCUCUUUGAUGAUAAACAUACUAGAUCUAGUUUCUAAAGGGUUACCGCUGUACGCGAGCCACUCACAAGUGGUAAAAAUUAACCAUAUCACCACCAGAGAUCUAGAUUAAACUAGUUACAGUAGUCAAGAUCUAGACUAGUGAGUCUGUAUCAGCAGAAAGUAACAGCACAGUUGAUUAUUAAUUAACAGAGAGAUAGCCUUUUUUUGUUAUGAAUGACCUAGAUUCUAGUAGUUCUACAACUUUUCAAGACAUUCAUGAUCCAAGUCUUUUUACUUUUAAUUUAGACUUUUUUAUUUUUAUUAAACUUUUACUUUUAGUUAGUAACUUACCUUAGUCCUUACACUGGUUUCACUGGUAAUUUUUACUUUGACUUUAGUAAUUUCUGCUGUCUCAAGACUUGAAAAAAAAAUCAUUAUAUGAUAUAUCAGAAUAGAUUUUGAAAAAAAAAUCAUUAUAUGAUAUAUCAGAAUAGAUAUCAUGUCUACGAUUGCAUCUGAGAAUGAGUCUCAGACUGAUCGUUGUAUUCACACUCACAACAAUCAGACUCAGUCAUCUAUGACCAACGAACCCAAUCAAUCUGAAUCUUAUGAAUCUAGAUUUAGACCAAUUUACUCACAAAGGAAAAGAUCUCUGGAUGGUUUGGUGAUAAAUAAUGAUGAUAGCAGUGAUAGUUCAGAAGAUGAAAGAAGUCGUCUGCUUGGCAGAACACCUCACACUACUGUUCAGACUGUUGCAGUGGUCAAUGACUAUACAUCUAUAUCAGUGCAAACAGGCAACCAACACAGCAUUGUGACAAUAUUUUCAAUGUGGAAUACAAUGAUGGGGACAUCACUACUCAGCAUGCCUUGGACUAUUAAGCAGGCUGGAUUUAUCAAUGGCAUAGUUUUGUUGGUGUUAAUGGCUGGUAUAAUGGCCUACACCACCUACAGAGUAUUGAAAGUUUGCCAUUAUUUAGGAGGUGAAGCUCUUGUUGAAUUUUCUGAUGCUGUCAAAUGCUACUUGGGCAGAAUUACAGAGGGAGUGGCUAUUCUUUGUUCAUUGUUAACUUUAUUGGGAGGCUGUAUCGUAUACUGGAUUCUAAUGUCAAAUUUUCUUUAUCACAUUGGAAUCUUUAUAUACAGUCAUGUGAAGGUUGGCUCUCAUGAACCUAAUGGAAGUUUUCAUUCAUAUCUGUCUUUUCCUUCUGAUGCUACAUGUUACAAUAAGACAGAGAUUGUGAUAUUCAAUAAUGAUGUAUUUGCCAAGUUGUGGGAUGAGACUAAAACUAUUCCACUUUAUUUGAUUCUUCUUAUUUUUCCAUUCAUCAAUUUUAAAUCUCCAACAUUUUUUACCAAGUUCAAUUCUUUUGGUACUCUUUCUGUAAUUUACCUGAUUGUUUUUGUGUUGGUCAAGGCUGGUCAAUGGGGAAUGCAUAUUGAUAUUAACAAGAACCAUGAUUUUUCUCCUUCUUACAGCCCAGUGGCUGAAUGGUCAUUCCCUGCACUGACAGGGGUAGCAGCACUGGCAUAUUUAUUGCAAAAUGCAGUCAUCUCAAUUGUGCGGAACCAAAAAUAUCCAGAAAAUAAUACCAGAGACUUGCUGAUUGCUUAUUGCUUAGUUUGCAUUACCUACACUUUGAUAGGUGCUGUUUUCUAUGCUUCAUUUCCUCUACAUAAAUCAUGCAUUGAAGAUAACUUCCUGAACAACAUAGCCUCUGUAGACAUUAUGGCCUUUGUUGCUCGCAUUGGACUGUUCUUCCAGAUGUUGUGUGUCUUGCCUCUUCUGACAUUUAUUAUUAGAGCACAACUUUUGCAUUUCUUGUUUCGAUCAGUAUGGCCCAGUUUGAAACAUGUGGUAUUGCUGAACAUCAUCAUUGUUGCAUUGUCUGUUGUUUUUGCUGUGUUUCUCCCUUCCAUUGGCCAUAUAAUCAGUUUUGUGGGUGGAUUCUGUGGAUUUUCCUAUGCUAUAGCCUUACCCUGUGCUGUGUAUCUAGUCUCAUCUUAUCAGAGCAGAACUCUCAGUUGGAUCAAAAUCACUUUUCAUGGAUUCUUGAUUUUCAUCGGUUUCGCCAAUUUUGUAGCUCAGUUUGUAAUUAUAGGUCACACAAAGUAAAUUAUGAGCAAUAGCCAAAUUAUACAAUUGGUAUUCUCUAGCAAGAAUUUUUACCUCUUAACAUAAUGUAAAAAUGUACAUUCCAAUAUUAACAUGUUUUACAACCUAGAAGUAAACAAAUAAACACUAUGUUUGCAUACCAUUAAUAUUUUGUGCAAUGAAAAAUUGUUCGUCUUUUUUUAUGUUGAAGAUAUCUAUUAUGUUCAUUCACAAGUCAAUUCUAUUUAUGUUGACUCACAAGUAAAUGAAAUACAUUUGUAAACUAAAAAUGUAUUUGUAUUAAAUUCCUGGAUUUAAAGUAUGCUAUUAUAUUAUAGCUGAAUUUUUACAACUAUUAUUGUUAUAAUUAAAAAAACACCUAGCUACCUAUCAAGGGGGUUCAAGUUCAGAACCUGACUGAGUGAGGCAGCAAACCAACCUUAUUCCGGAUCCUCCCUCCCCCUACUGGUUCACUUAAGAGAUUGGACUAUAUCACAUUGAGCAUGCUGUAAGCAGGAAAGGUGUGAUACACAAAGGCAAUUUAAAAAAAUAAUAAGAAUAUAAGAAUGACUUGUUUGAUAAAUUGAAGCUAAAAAAGAAAUUUAUAUCUCUAGCUCUAUUCUAUUAAGACUGAAGAACAUACGCAUUAGUUGAAGAUUCUGUUGAUUUAGACAAAUGUAAUUAAGAAAGAGAAAGAAUGAGUUGCUAAUGAAACUCUUACAAAACAUAUAUAUGCAUAUGACAUGGACAUAUGUACUCACUCAAUUCUUGUUUAAUUCUGCAAUAGAAAUCUUUUUUUUUUUUUUUUUUUUUUUUUUACUUCUAGGAGCAAUGUAUUUACUUGGAUGAACUCCAGACUCAAAUAUACUAGACCAGUUGAGUUCUUUUAGCCAUACUCUUUGCUAUGCAGUCUGAUGAUCUCAUUAAUAUAUCUUUCCUACUUUUGUGACAUAAUGCUACAUUACCUUUGUCUUGAUGAGUUUCUUUUUGGAGUGUUUUAUAUACACACUGCCACAAUCUUAGUAUUUUAUAACUUAUUAGUGAUCUGGAAAUUCUGUAUUUUCCCUUUUUAAAAAUUAACUAUUGAUGUUUUAUUACUUUUAUUAUUUUUAUUAUUUAAACAUUUUUUUUAGCCUUUUCCCCCCCCCCCCCCCCCCCCUAAUCCUAUUGUCACAAUUUAAAUAUUUUGGCAACGACUGGUAUGACACUAUUCUUAUCAAUUUAUAUUGAAGACGUAUUCAAUACAUAUGUAUUUACAAAAUUGUAAACUAUUAGGAAAACUGUAUUGCAGAAAGAAAAUUUAUUUGUGACUCCAAAAACCUUUUCAUUUGAGCUUUAGACAUUGUAAAAGGGUCAGCUACAAAUAAAUUGAUCUGUUCCACAAGAUCUAGUGGAAAUCUUAUUUCUUUCUGGCUUUUAAGACUCUAUGAAAUGUUUUUUUAAAUUUUCAUUAGGGUAUUAUAACUGUUUUAUACUCUUAUUAAAGUUUUGUAACUAUAUAUUUUUACAAUUGUACAGGAUUUUUACAGCAUUAUUAACUUCAGAAAUUUGAUGAAAAAAAUGUUGUACAUCUUUCUGUUAGGUUAAAAGGAAAAAAAAAUUCUUGUUUGAUUAAAUAUGUUUUAAUUAUCAUUCAAUAUAUACUACAUACAGCAUCUGUAAAGACAAUGCAACUGUAUUCAUAGCUUUCUUAUAAAACACUGAAGUGUAGUUUAUUUUUUUUAAAAUGUAUACUUAGAUGAAAGGAUUUCGUCACAAGGUUAACUGAUCCUUGCAUAAAAUAUCCUCAAGUGCCUGGAGUUCUUGAUUUUUUAAAAAUAAAUACCAAAAAAAUGCCUAAUCUUAAUGGUCUCUUUAUUUAGCAUUUCAAACUUUAAUGAAAUCUUAAACAAGAACUUUUAAAUUAAAUGAGGUGUUUUAUUAUACUAGAAACUCCAUUCUUUUUCACCUUGCCUUUUUGUAACUUUAAGUGGAACAAAAGCCACAACAUUCUCUGUGAGAUUUAUGGAGUUUUUUAUCAUCUGGCCAUAAAUAUUUUUAUGGAUGUUUGGUAAUACUUGCUGCUGGUUGCCCAGAUUUUUCCUGUUCAUCUUUUUUUUUUUUAAGAAUUUUUUGGUUCCACUUGGCCUAUGUAGAUUAAUACUAAAUACAAAUAUGACAGCAAUAUGUCUGACAAAAUGAUUCUAAUUUUCUUUAAUGUUGAAAGUUUAUGAGAGAAUUAUCAUCUGCCGAGUUUUGAUAUCAUAAAAAAUCAAGGACAUAAAUAACAGCAGUCAUUGUUUUUGAAAUAUGCUACACAUUAUUUUAAAGUGAGAAUUUUUUUUUGCAUAAUUUUUCAGCUUUUUUUUUUUUUUUUUUUUUAAAGAUCUUUUCCAGUAAUGCAUUUUAUGGAUAUUUGUUCCUACUCAUUUUAUAAUGUGAACACAUUAAAAAAAAAAACUGAUACUUUGUGUAAAAUGUGCUGAUAAACUGAUUCAUAGUCUUUUGAACAUUCCCUUAAUUUUUGUUUGUUUUCUUGUCAUUAGAGCCUUUGUUACAUGUUUUGGACUUCUCUGUAUUCUGCCUUGAUGUGAAGAUCACCAUUGACUACUUGAGUUAUCUUUCCCUAGUUUCUUUUACAUUUAACAUUCUCUUUCUUUAUAGUAGGUUCUUUGCCAUUUUGACUUACUUGUUCCAAGGCUAUACUACAAAAGUUUGCUUUUGAUUAUCUGAUCCUUUUAAUCCUCUCACCUACUUGGUCAACACAUAAGAUAAUGAAACUGAAUCAAAAACCUUUAUACCAACAUAUUUCAUUUCAAGUGUACACUUUGUCUUUCAAUGUACCAUAGGCUCAAACUUUUUAUCAUUUUUAUUUUUAAAAUAAAAAGAGAGGUCACAUUUAUUUUGUUUCAGACAUUGAGAAGAAAAUGUACAUAAAAUAUAUAUCUAUAUACAUGUUUUUAAAUACUCUUUUCUUUUGAGUUUUGUACUGGACAUUGCUGCCAAAGAAAAUUCAAAUGAUUUCAAAUUAGAAAAUAAAAAGUCUUUAAAACUCAUGAUGAGAAU